AAAAUAUCACAUCCUCAGUGUCCCAUAGAGAUGCGUUAUGUGCAAAUGAAUCAAAUGGAUCCUUAAUGCUUUUGGUUGGAUUAUGUGGUUUUUGCCCAGAAUUUUUGUUGUUGGAUCAAGCCAAGCCUCUCUCAUCCAUGCAAAGAAACUAGUAGCCAUAAGGAAGAAGAAAGCUCAAUAUUCUGCCAUAAUUCCUUUCUCUUCCUUGCUGCACCACCAAAUGCAGAAGGAAGGAAGGAGAUAAAAGGGAGAGAUUAUAACAAGCAGUCAAAGAACUGUUUUCUGGUCUUUGUUCUUCUUGUUGAAGUGAUGUGGCAGGUUUCUCUUCCCACUUCUGCAAGUUAUUCAACAGCACUCCCUGUUCUUGGAUUGGUUCAUGGACACAAGAAACCUCCAUUGAAUCUCCCUUGCACUGCUCGUUCGAGUAUGUGUGUAUCCAGUUCACAGGACUCAGAAUAUCCCACUACACAGUACCCUUCACUAAAUCAGAGUGUUGCAGCCAUUGUAUUUGGAGAUGGAUCAGAGUCAAGGCUCUACCCAUUGACAAAGAGGAGAUCCAAAGGGGCUAUUCCCAUAGCAGCAAAUUACAGGCUCAUUGAUGUAGUUAUGAGCAACUGCAUAAACAGCAAUAUAACCAAGAUAUAUGCUCUCACGCAAUUCAACUCCACCUCGCUUAAUUCUCACCUCUCCAGAGCUUAUUCUGGAGUUGGUCUGGGGAAAGAUGGGUUUGUUGAAGUUAUAGCUGCGUAUCAGAGCCCUGAAGAAAAAGAUUGGUUUCAGGGAACUGCUGAUGCUGUUAGAAGAUGCUUGUGGGUAUUGGAAGAAUACCCAGUAGAUGAGUUUCUGAUCCUCCCUGGUCACCAUCUCUACAACAUGAACUACCAGAGACUAAUAAAGGCCCACAGGAGCAGCAAUGCUGAUAUAACAAUUGCUGUUUCUUCUACCACUAUUGGGAAUCAUGAUCCAGGUUUUGGCUUUCUAAAUAUAAACUCAGAAAAUCAAGUUGUUGAAUUCAAAGAGAGGCCAGAGAGGGAGCCAGUGGAUUUCAUGGCAGUGGAUAGCUCAAGAAAAUCUGAGGAUGGUUCUACUUGUGAUUUGGGCAGUAUGGGUAUCUAUGUGAUUAAGAGGGAAGUAAUGACAAAGCUACUAACAGAGUGCUUCCCAAAGGCCAAUGACUUUACAACUGAAAUAAUACCAGGAGCAAUUUCCAUGGGAAUGAAGGUUCGGUCUUAUUUAUUUGAUGGAUAUUGGGAGGAUAUGAACAGCAUCAAAUCAUUCUAUCGAGCCAACAUGGAAUGUACGAAGAAAGAAACCUCGGGGUUCAACUUCUAUGAUAGAGAUUCUCCAGUUUACACUCUUCCAAGGUAUCUUCCUCCUACUUUGGUGACUGGUGCUCACAUAACAGACAGCAUCAUUGGAGAUGGUUGCAUUCUCAAUAGUUGCAGGAUCAAGGGUUCAGUAAUUGGCAUGCGGACAUGGAUUGGAGAUGCAGCUGUGGUUGAGGAUUCAAUGAUCAUGGGAUCUGAUGUAUACCAAGGAGAUCGAAGAAUUAAAGAAAUAAAUGGCAUGGAAAUCCCUAUUGGAAUCGGGAAAAGCUCUCACAUAAGGAAAGCCAUUAUAGACAAGAAUGCAAGGAUCGGCAAAAAUGUCAAGAUUAUAAAUAAAGACAAUGUCCAAGAAGGAGAUAGGGAAGCUUUUGGGUAUUUCAUCAGUGAAGGAAUUGUCAUUGUUUUGAGAAGCGCAGUGAUCCCGGAUGAAAGCAUUAUAUGAGAGUGAUGCAGCUAGCCCAUAAUUUUAAUUUUCUUUGCCUAUUCUUGUAAGGAAAAGUAAAUUGUUCCUUUUUUUUGUCAUUUUUCAUUUUGCCAUCAAUUCAAUAUGUGACAAGUUAUUCAUUAGCUGGUAAUAAAAUUUCAAUAAUCAU